GGGGGGGCCGUGGCCGCUGGCGCCUGGGGCGGGGGGGGACGGGACACAGGAGUCCAGCUUGUGGCCACCAGCAUGGUGCCCUGGGGGGCUGCCCCACGGCGCGGCCUGGCCUCGGCCCCCGCGGCCCACGGCGCCGGAGCGCGGACGUGGCGGACGCUGUCGUUCGUGGUGGCGCUGCCGGCGGUGGCCGUCUGCAUGCUCAACGCGCGGCUGGCGCACAGCCGGCACCCGGCCCGGCCCCCCGACUUCGUGCCCUACCACCACCUCCGCAUCCGCACCAAGCCGUUCCCGUGGGGCGACGGGAACCACACGUUCUUCCACAACCCCCGCAUGAACCCCCUGCCCACGGGCUACGAGAAGUAGCUGCCCCACGGCAAUAAACGCCCCGAACCGCC